GUCUCUAAUACCAUCCUCUGCCCGCCACUCCUCACCAGGGAACAAGUCCCAGGCUGUGCAACACCGAUGGAGGAACAAAGGCCUGCGCUGUAUCGGAGGAGUCAUGUACAGGGUGUCAGCUAACAAGCUUUCCAAAACCUCCAGCUCUCCGGCCAGGAACAUGGAAGUCAUGACCAGGAGUCAUGCCAGAGGAGCACGGCUGGACUUCGCACAGGGCAUUCCUGGGUAUGCUCCACCAGGCUGGCCAAGCAGGUCGACCACAAGCCGCUACAUUGCAAGCCGCGCCGUGCAGCGGAGUCUGGCCAUCAUUCGCCAGGCCAAGCAGAGGAAGGACAGGAAGAAGGAAUACUGCAUGUACUACAACCGCUUCGGGAAAUGCAAUCGCGGGGAGAGCUGUCCUUACAUCCAUGAUCCCGAGAAAGUAGCUGUCUGCACCAGAUUCCUCCGUGGCACGUGCAAGAAGACGGAUGGGACAUGUCCCUUUGCACACAAGGUUUCAAAGGAUAAGAUGCCUGUCUGUUCCUAUUUCCUGAAGGGAAUCUGCAACAACAGCGACUGUCCGUACAGCCACGUCUAUGUGUCCAGGAAAGCAGAGGUCUGCUCCGACUUCCUGAAGGGCUACUGUCCCUUAGGAGAGAAGUGCAAGAAGAAACACACGCUGGUGUGUCCAGACUUCUCGAAGCAUGGCGUCUGCCCCAAGGGCUCCCAGUGCAAACUGCAGCAUCCCCAGAAGAAACGCCUGGCCAAGCAACCCAGCAUCAGAGAUUCCUGCCCACCUGAGGACUCAGCACCUGAGCGGGGAAACUAUGCAAACCAGACUUCAAGGAGGAAGGAGCAAGAGAGGGGGGAGGAGGAAGGAGCCCCCGCAGAAGCCCCCUGGCACCCCAGGAGCCUCUCUCACACCAGCCGACUGACCAAGCAGCCCUCCUUCAUCUCCCUCCAGUCACCCCCCACCUCCCCCCACGAGGAGGAAGGCCCCAAGUCAGAGAGGAACGGGGAAGAAGCAGGAAAGCCCCUGCAGAUCAAGCCCAGGCUGUGAUGCCCCUCCUGCCAAAAUCAAGGUCUACCCAGCCACCAAGCUUUGGCUCGCUCUCUCAGGGAUCUGAUGCCACCCCGGCAACUACCUCAGGGCAACGCCAUGCCAAAGCAGAGGGGGUCCAGCCAGGACCUUGUGCCCCCUCCAGCAAGGAGCGCCACGUGCACCAAGAUCUCUCUGUCUCCUGCAUCCAAAAGGGCAACUUUGUGGUUUUAUUAUUGCGAGAGAGGAGCUCUUGGCCGUCCCAAGCUCCAAAUCCAGCUACUGAGACUGCAGCUUCUGGUCCUUCUGCUGGGAAAGUCUUGGUGGCUCCACCAUUGGCAGCCUUUAAGGAGACCCUCCACUCACCUCUGAGCCCCCAAAGGCAAGCGGUCCCGAGAGGCCCAAGUCUUUAGCAGCGCCCCCUCUCUCUCUCUCCCGGGCAUCACAAGAAACUGGAAGGCAUCUUGGCUGCCAGGGCUUGGCUGCCCUGGCCGGUGAGCUACUACUGCCAUUCGCUUUCCCUGACACUUGGUCCUGAGAGGCUGACACUUGGUCCUGAGAGAAAUGAGAUUUCUGGGAGGGUGAAAGUGGUUUCCCCUUUCUGCUCUGGAAAAAACCUUGGGGGUGGGCCACCUCCAUUCUUUGCAAGCUUUCUUUAAUAGUUAAUGCCAGGCUUUGGACUCACAAGGAUUUGUAAAGUAGACCUGUCUGGAUGCUUUUAUUACACAGAUGCAAGCAAAAUGUUUAUAUUUGUAGACAUGGUGAAUUCCUUAUACGUGAUUCAGGUCCUCACUGCGAAGGGAAGCAUUUCAUUGUUUGCUGCAUUUUUAGCUCUUCUUUAACCUGCUGGGGGAGCCUUCUUGGCCUGGCUCUCGAGGUCAGCUCUCGUCCUCCUUCCACGGCUGACUGAGGUGGGUGCGGCUUCUGGAGCAAGCCCAGGUCCUUCAAGCAAUACGCUCGCGCAAGGGGUGCCCUGCCUGGGCAGAGGAAUGGCAUGCUCACCCCCCUCCCCCUGUCAGGGCAAAGCAGGAAGCAGGGCCUUGGUCUUCUGAGGUUUUGGGGAUAACUGGAAUUACGGUUCGGACCUGGAGUCCUCUGAUGAGGUUCGACUCGUUAUUCUAGCAAGGGAUGACUGGAGUUCGAGGACACGAAGGGGACGAAGCCGAGC